AUGAUUCCACAAAUGGCUGGAAAAGUGAAAAUCGAUAAAUGGUGUUAUACGGAAAUGAAAGUAGAUCGCUAUACUUACGUAUGGAAAAUAGAAAACUUUACUUACUGUCCGCUAAAGACGGGAGAAUUCUUAAAAAGUUCAACUUUUGUAACUGCUAGCUCUGAUAAGCUACAAUGGUGUAUGAAAAUUAACCCAAGAGGACUGGAUGAAGAUUGUAAAGAAUACUUAUCGAUUUACUUGGUAUUGCUUAGUUGCAAUAAGAAGGAGGUCAACGCUAAAUUUAAAUUUUCCAUCUUGGAUUCUAAUGAAAUGGAAAAACGAUUGAUGGAAAGUCAACGUGCCUACAGUUUUAUUCAAGGCAAAGAUUGGGGAUUUAAGAAAUUUGUGCGCCGCGAUAUGCUGAUGGAUAAAACGAGUGGAUUUUUAACAGAUAACCGUCUAACACUCUGCUGUGAGAUCAAUAUUGUCUCAGAUCCGAUCACUCAUGAUGGUCGAUUUACGGCGCAAGAAACAAAUGUACCUACUUGUACACUGUCUCAAGAUAUGGAUCAGUUGUUUAAAACCAAAAAGUUUGCCGACGUCACUUUUAACAUCGGGAAGGAUCACUUAAAGGCUCAUAAAGCGAUCUUAUCAGCUAGAUCGGCAGUAUUUGAUGCCAUGUUUAAACAUUCCAUGGAGGAGCAGCAUCAGGCACGUUUAGAUAUUCCAGAUAUAGCAGCUGAUGUAUUUGAAGAAAUGAUCAAAUAUAUUUACACUGGUAAAGAGCCAUCUCGCAUGGACGAUUUGGCCUUGGAAAUGCUAGCAGCAGCAGAUAAAUAUGACCUACAAAGGCUGAAAUCACUAUGUGAAAACUCUAUUUCAAAUAAUUUAAUUGUUGAUAAUGCUGCCGAAGUACUGGUCAUUGCUGACAUGCAUAAUGCAGAAAUACUGAAGAAAAAUAUAUUAAAAUUUAUUAAUAGCUACGCCUUGGAAAUAGUCGAGACUGAAGGUUACAAAAAUCUGCUUAAGAAUCAUUCUCAUUUAAUCACGGAUGCUUUCCGAACUCUAGCGAGAUCUACUGAUAGUAAUAUCAAUUCAGUUUCACGUAAAAAAAGGCGUAUUUAA